UUUAAAGCGGGUUAUUGACAUCCUUUUUCAUUUCCUUGCCACUUGCGUACAGACAUACUCACUACUGCUUAUGUAGUUGAUGGUGACAGAAGAUAAGAAUCCUACAACACCUUUAUCAAAUAGUUAAAAUGAUCAACACAAUGAAGCUGAGUGCUGUUUGUUUACUGCUAUAUAUCACACAAGUUGACUUUUCACAAGUUUCAGCUAUGUGUUUUAGCCCAACGGCUUUUAAGUUAAGCAACAAAUGCUUUGAGGUGUUCGAUACUCCGAUGACCUGGCUAGAGGCUGAGAAAACCUGCUUUACAUUUACGGAAAGACGGUCACUGGCCAAAGUUUCGACAAUGAAUGAAUUAUCUUUUCUAAACUUUCUAAAGCCAAACGGUUAUAAAGAAAUGUGGCUUGGAGCUAAUGACCCUACACAUGAUGGUAAAUGGGUGUGGCAAGAUGGAACUAUUGCCAACUUAAGCUCGUUAUGGAGCCCUAAUGAGCCUAAUAACGCAGACGGAGAUGAAUAUUGUCUUGAGAUUUUCAGAGAUGGAAAAUUAAACGAUGAAUCAUGUGAUAGAUUGCGUCCAUUUGUUUGCAUGGAACUGACUGCUAAACUAAAGUGCGACAAAAGGACUGAAAAGAUAUGCGACGAUGGAGAAUGCAUCCCCGAUAGUUAUUGGUGUGAUGGAGCCAUGGACUGUAUGGAUGAAUCAGAUGAGUACCAUUGUUCCAUCAUGUACACAAAUUGUCGUUAUAAUGAGUUCCAAUGUUCUUUACCUGUGCAUGAUGCACAGUGUAUCCAUCUCUCUUGGCUGUGUGAUGGUGAAAUGGACUGUCAAGAUGGAAGUGAUGAGGUCAACUGUAAGUUUAUAAAAGUUGUUUUAACUUAAACACGUUCUGGAUAUUAAUUGAUGAUGUAAAUUGAAACAAUAUAUUCUGGGUUUUAGGUACACAACGUGAUUGCCCACCUAAUCACAAGCACUGCGACAUUAACCAUUGUAUUUCAAGUGAUUGGUUUUGUGACGGAGAGUUUGAUUGUAACGACAAAUCUGACGAAGCCAACUGUAAUGUUACAA